UCAGUCUAAAGACUAAAUUUUGAAGCCGUGGGUACCAUUUUCAUCCCACCAAACAUAACCCAAUCCAAUCUUUUGGCUAAAGGAUUGGUUUUUAGAACCUCAAGUCUCUGUCUAAAGACUUUUUAAGCCGUGGGUAACUGUUCUUUGUCUAAAGACUGAAACAAGAAACCAAACAUGAUCCAUAUGUCUAAAGAUUUUAAAGCCGUGGGUACCAAGAAGGGAUCAAAGUUCAGAAUCAGUCUCAGUCUAAAGACUAAAGUUUGAAGCCGUGGGUACCAUUUUCAUUCCACCAAACAUAACCCAAUCCAAUCUUGUGUCGAAAGGAUUGGUUUUUAGAACCUCAAGUCUCUGUCUAAAGACUUUUUUUAAGCCGUGGGUAACUAUUUCUUUGUCUAUAGACUGAAACAAGAAACCGAACAUGAUCCAUAUGUCUAGAGAUUUUCAAGCCGUGGGUACCAAGAAGGAUCAAUGUUCAGUCUCAAGUCUCAGUCUAAAGGCUAAAGUUUUAAGCCGUAUGGUACCAUUUUCCUUGCACCAAACAUAACCCAAUCCAGUGUUUUGUCUAAAGGAUUGGUUUUUUGGAAACUCAAGUCUCUGUCUAAAGACUUUUUUAAGCCGUGGGUAACUUGAUCUUUGACCAGUAACCUGAAACCAAUCCCAAGUAUAUUUGUCAAAAUAAUAAGCCGUGGGUAAAGGAUCGGUUUUCAGUCUCAGGUCAAAAAUCCCUCAUAAGCCAACUCGACGGGACAAUGUCCCCAAGAAAGAAUCUGACAGAACACUAAUAGUUGAGUGUCUGCAUAUGAUCUCUCUUGGAUUUUGAAAAAAAAACAAAACAAGGAAGAAAUCUAACAAAAACAAAACAGAAAAACGCAGAGCAAUAAACCACAACCGAUCGCAACAAUUUCACGCUUUAUCAAAGUAUCGAAAGCGCUACAAAAGCAAAACAAAAAACGGAAACCAAACCCUCUUAAACAGAAUCAAGUAACACAAAAAAAGAAGAAGAACGAACUUGUAAUAAUUCUCAGAAAACUUUGAAACGCAGAGUCGCGAUUCGUUUGGUUUUCAAAUUAUCCAAGCCGCUUCAAAACGAACAGAAAACCAAAAGAACAGAACAAAAAAAAAAAACUGAUAAUAAUGAAGUUUAGUAACCCUAGAAAUCAAGAGAGAAGAAUUCUUACAGUGAUUAUCGCUACAAAACUUCUUCGAUCAUGAAUGAUCCGAUAGAGAGAAACAUGCGAAACAGAGAAAGAACUGAUUAAUAGUUAAAAUAUAAAACAACCCUAGAAAUCAAGAGAAUCGGAAGAAUUCUUACAUUCUACAAAUCGUCUUCCGUUAUGAUGUUAUGAUAUAGCGAUCGAGAGAAAUAUGACAAACAGAGAAAGAAGAAGGCAAAACAAAUUCUGACUCUCUCUGAUAAGCUUUCCCCUUUUUAUAAAACACUACUCACGGCGGUGCCAGCUGGCUGAUUUCCUUUUUUUUUUUUGUAACGCCUAGUUUCCUUUUUUUAGUUAACAUAACUUUCCUUUUUUCUAGUUUCCAUUUAUUUCACGUGGGCCUUAAGUUAAGCCCAAUUUGAAUUAAUGGGCUGGUUACCCGGACCCUAUUUUAGCGAUCGUUUUUACCCUUUAUCUUUUGUUUGUUUUUGGGAAUUAUUACUCCACUAAGAAAUAACUGUCAAAUACAACAAACUUAGAAUUUUUAA